AUGGCCUCCAUCCUAGACAUUCGGGAUGACCCGUCCACACCACCAACCGCAUUAAGCGCCCCUCCACUGCACACAGAAUUCAUGGUCGGUUGGAUCUGUGUACUCAAAGAGGAGUAUCGUGCAGCCGUGAGCGUUCUGGACGAGCGAUACGAUGCGGCCGGUUUGAUUCGCGGCCAAGGAGACCGAAACCACUAUGUCCUCGGACGGGUUGGGGGGCAUCACAUCAUGAUCAAUCUCCCGCCAGCCGAGAUGUACGGACAGACCCAUGCAUCCCGAAUAGCCAUCGACAUGAAAAGCACAUUUCCGAGAAUCCGAUGCGUGCUUCUGGUUGGAAUUGCAGGCGGGGCGCCGUCCCCGAAGCACGACAUCCGGCUCGGUGAUGUGGUUCUCGGCACGAGGGUUGUCCCCUACGCAACGGGCAAAGAGACCGACGAUGGCUUCGAGCGGACUGGCAUGGUACGAACUCCACCUAGAGAGCUGUUGGAGGCGAUAACGUUCUUGGAAGAGCGCAUGUGGUCGGAGGAUCUGAGUCUGUCAGAGUCUAUUGAGCGCAUUCGCGCAAAGACCACUCGAGGCCAGACUGCAUUUCUCCGCCCCGCGAACGAUCGGCUUUACAAAGACGGAUUCCUCCACCAAGAGACGGUGUGUGAUUGUUUGCAGCCGGAAUCACAGCAACAAGCCAACCUAAUUCCGCGCCGGCUGCGUGAAGGAGAUCUGGUCCAAUUGUUCAAAGGAAGUAUUGGGUCUGACAACCGGGUCAUGAAAAACGCUCAAACCCGUAAUGAUAUCGCCAAGAGAGAAAAAAUCUUGUGUUACGAGAUGGAAGCCGCAGCGGUGAUGGAAAUUACGCCUUGUCUCCCUAUCCAAGGAAUCUCCAACUAUGCGGAUGGACACAAGAACGACGACUGGUGUUUAUAUGCCGCGUUGGCAGCAGCGGUGUGCGCCCGGGAGCUCUUAUUGUCCAUUUCGCCACAGAUUGUUGCUCAAUAUCCUCUCACUCUUUCUGGGACACUUUUGGAUCGCUAUAUCACAGAUGUGGCCCGCAAUCCACACGCCUUUUCUAGCAAUGAAACCGAGAAGUUGAGACAGAAUCGUAAUAGUCUAAUUGAGAGGCAUCCUUUGAUCGAAGAGCUCUUGAAACAGCAGCUCCGGAAGAUGGAGGACGGGUCAGACGGAGAUAUUGAAGACGUGCAAAACGAGGUGAAGCGACUGCAGGACCUGCAAGCAACCUUGAAGAGACACCUGGAUGAUCUUGGUCCAAUCAUGGACCGUCACAACGACUUACUUUUGAGUCACGACGCGGCCGUCCGAGAUGAGUACACCUAUUUACAGGCUCAAGUACAAAUGGACUCCAAGGCAAUGGAGGACUUUGCCGUGGUUGCCCAAAGCAGUCUGCAGACCACAGGCAAGAUGCUGAAGCUAUGCAGCUUGAAAAUGAGGAACAAAGAAUAA